AUGCAAUCCCCGCCCAACUGGCCCCGGGCGACUGACGCCCUGCGGCCCUCGCCCUUCCCGCACCCGGCUUUGCACGCCCUCCACGGCUUGGCCCACGAGCUGCUCUCCCCGGCCUACUGGGCCCUGGACCAGCUGCUGGGCUGCUGUGCACCAACGGCGAGCCCGAUCAGCCUGGGGUGGCUGAGAAGGGCGGCGAGCGGCGUCGUGGCGCUGCUGCUGCUGGUGGUGGUCGGCCUGCCCUUGGCGCUGACCCGCCUGCCACUCUGGCUGGCGCUGCAGGUUUGGCGCCGCCCCUUCUGCUACCGCCCCCCUCCGCUGUGCUGGGCGCCGCCCACGCUCUGGCGCCCGCCUGCGGAACCCGGGCGCUGCUUCAUCUUCCUCAUGGCCAAUCUGUGCCUGCUCCUGGACAGGCUGUCGCGCUUCAGCAACCUGCCGCACAGCCAGCGACCGGCUGAGGCCAUUGGCGCCGCGCUCUAUAGGGCUACGGACUGCAGCCAGCUGUGACCCAGGGCGCCGCGUGGGACGCUGGUGGCCUCGCUGCCCAUGGGUCUGGACGUUGUGUGCCUGCAGGAGGUAUUCGAUUUGCGCGCAGCUCGUCACUUGGUGAAUCGCCUGACGCCCAACCUGGGCCCGGUGCUGUACGAUGUGGGCACACUUGGCCUACAGACCGGGCCGCACCUCAAGCUACUGGACAGCGGGCUGCUGGCCUCGCGCUACCCGCUGCUGUGCGCCACCUUCCGUUGCUUCCCCCACGCGCGUGGCGAGGACACGCUGGCCUCCAAGGGACUACUGUCCACACAGGCGCAGCUGGGCAGCCUGGACGGGCGCCACAUCGUGGGAUUCCUGCACUGCACGCACUUGCAAGCACUGGCUGAGGACGGGCCCUUGCGCAGCAAACAGCUGACGCUGCUGCUGGACUGAGCCGAGAAGUUUGAGGCCGAAAGCGAACAAAGUGGAGGGGUCGUGGCUUUACGCGUGCUCCUGGGCGACCUAAACUUCGAUAACUGCUCGAAAGGUCCCGCAGGAGGGGAGGGCAGGGAGGCAGGGCACAAGCUCUUCUGCCGCUUCCAGGACCCCCGCCGGAUGGGCACGCGCCAAGAGCAGCCCUGGGCCCUGGGGACCGCACUGCGCAGCUCCGUGCUCCACCACUCCGUGGCCUCCUCCCCCGAGAUGCUGAGGCGGACCCUGGAGCAGGAGAAAGGGCGCUACCUCUACCUGGCCGGCCCUCCCGGCAGAAGCCACCGAGCUAAGCCCUGGAGGGGUCAGCACCUGGACUACAUCACGUACUGCGGAGUUCCUGGGGGCCUGCUGAGCCCAGAAGUGGAGCAGGUGACGUUCAGUACCGCCCUGGCGGGGCUCACGGACCACCUGGUAGUGAACCUGCAGCUCCGAGUCUGGGUGUCCUCCUAA